UCUAAGGAUCUGAGCCACUGCCAGGAGAGAAUCAUGAAGGACGUUGGCUUGGCAUACACUGAGAGAUGUGCUGAAUGCACAGAGAGAAUCAAGAGUCUGAUUGAAACGGCAACUUACAAUUACAUCAUGAAACCGGCAUCCACUGGUGUACUAAUCACUGAAGCAACAGUUCAGGAAGUGCAUCAGUUUUCACCCUUCAAUGAGAUCCAUGGUGCUGCCCAGAUGGAAGCAAAGUAUGACUGAUCCUCUUUGAGAAAUAUGAACUAACAAUA